GGAUGGGUACAAAGCGGCGCGCGCUCCGGGGAGCGGCUCAAUGCUCGGCGGCGGCGAGCGGGAGGUCUUUUUGCACGAGGGGGCGGCGGCGGUUGCUCGGAACACCCUAAGCCCGCCCUCCUGAUGCUGCAGCGGCUGCAUGGGUGGCGAAGCGGCCGCUCUGCCUGAUCCGUCGGCGCCGUUCCUCGGGGGGCCGGAGCCCUCGCCUCCCCGCCGCGCCCCCUGCAAGGCGAUGCCCCUGGCCGAGUAGGACGGCGGCUCCCUUUGCUCAGCCCUGGAGGUCUUGCCUCCCACCCCGGCUUCCCCCUUCCUCCUUUUGGAUGCUUUGCCCGGCCUCUCCCACCCCCCGCCGCCUGCCUCCUCCUCUUCCUCCUCGUCCGGCUCUCCAAGCAGCGGCGGCCGUCGAGGCUGCUCGGCCAGCGCCAUGCACACGGUGCAAAAGGACACUACCUUCACCAAGAUCUUCGUCGGGGGGCUGCCCUACCACACCACGGACGCCUCGCUGAGGAAGUACUUCGAGGUGUUCGGGGACAUCGAGGAAGCCGUCGUCAUCACCGACCGGCAGACGGGCAAAUCCCGGGGCUACGGCUUUGUGACCAUGGCCGACCGAGCUGCUGCCGAGAGGGCCUGCAAGGAUCCUAACCCCAUCAUCGACGGCCGGAAAGCAAACGUCAACCUCGCGUAUCUGGGAGCAAAACCAAGGAGUAUUCAGACCGGUUUUGCCUUGGGGGUGCAGCAGUUACAUCCAGCGCUCAUCCAGAGACCCUUUGGGCUCACGCAUCACUUUAUCUACCCUCAAGCGAUCGUCCAGCCCAGCGUGGUCAUCCCGACGCCUGUCCAGUCCAUCACAUCUCCAUAUAUAGACUACACGACCGCAAGCCAAGCCUAUACACAGUUCACCACAGCUGCCUAUGACCAGUACCCGUAUGCCGCUUCCCCCGCUGCUGGCUUCAUGGGGUACGGCUACACGGGCGCAGUUCAACAACCUCUCACAUCUGGCAACCCGACGGUAGCGCCCCCAACAGCCUUCGUGCAGUACCAGCCUACGCAGCUGCAGCCAGAUCGUAUGCAGUAGAGGCCUGGCCUGGAAUCCUCUUCUUUUCUGGGAAGACUGUUAUUUUCUUUCCUUCUGUGAUGGAAUGGGAAGGUGUAAAAAAAAAAAAAGGAAAA